UUUUUUAACUUUUCUGUGCUCAAUAGGACUUCAGAGAUGGCCAAACGCAAGAGGGACGAGGUGGCUAAAGAGCUUCAGCAGGCACAACCGUCGAAGAUUGCCAAAUCAACGAAAUCAAAGGGACCUUCGUCCUCCGAACAAACCGACAGUGCCGCCAUAACGUUGCAGAUAGUUACUGGUUCAUAUGAGCGAAUCCUACAUGGAUUUACGGCAUCAGUUCCUUCAACCUGCUAUUCCGAUGGUCUCAAGAAGUCUUCAGAUGAUGGAUCACCCGUUCAAUUCGUGGAUACCUUUCUAUUCGAGGCCCAUGCCUCUGCGAUCAAGUGCUUAGCCCUGUCCCCGUUGCCCAAAGCAGAUUCUACAGAGCCUCCGAAAGUCAUAUUGGCUAGUGGCGGUACAGAUGAACGCAUCAACCUUUAUUCGCUGUCUGCGGCGCCUCCUACAGUGAGCGAGCACUAUCCCACGGUCCCUACACUCGCCGGCAACAAAAUCCUGGAGAAUCCUAAAAACAGAGAACUCGGAGCUUUGCUACACCAUUCUGCGCCUAUCACCUCUCUUAGUUUUCCUUCACGAUCGAAGUUAUUGGCAGCUGCAGAGGAUAACACCAUCUCUGUUAGUAGAACUCGUGACUUGACUGUUGUUUCUACGAUUAAAGCUCCUCAUCCCAAGGUUCAAGGCAGACCUAGUGGUGAUACCGCUCCUCCUGGAGGCUCUCCAUCUGGCAUCAAUGAUUUUGCCGUACACCCGAGUAUGAAGCUGAUGCUAAGUGUUGGGAAAGGAGAGAGGUGUAUGCGGCUCUGGAACUUGGUUACGGGAAAGAAGGCUGGGGUACUGAACUUUGACAGGGAGAUCUUGCAAAGUGUGAAGGAGGGCCGGUGGAGCACUGGCGAAGGAAGAAAAAUUGUUUGGAAUGCAGCGGGAGAAGAGUUCGCUGUGGCAUUCGAAUGGGGAGCAGUACUUUUUGGCAUUGAUUCAACGCCGAUCUGCAGGGUCUUCCCAGGACCGCGAAGCAAGUUGCAUGAAAUAAAGUACACAUCAGUGGGCGAUGAGGAACUAUUUGCAGUGUCGACGGAAGAUGGCAGAGUCAUAUUCUACUCAACUAGGAACGUACGGAAAGCGGACGACGGUGACGAUUCGUCGAUUCCAUACGCCGAGCCAGUUGCUCAAUUUGGUGGCAAAUCUCAAGGAUACCCAGGGAGGGUGAAGAGCUUUGAGUUGUUAAAUUUGAAGGGCCAGCCGGGAAUCAAUGAUGAUGACUUUGCUGUAGUUACAGCAAAUAGCGAGGGUGUGGUGCGUGUUUGGCAGUUGCUUGGUGCCCAGUUGCGCAAUGCUAUUGCGAAGAAGUCUAGUGACACAAAGGAUAUCCAAGUGGGCAAGCUUUUGAGCUCUUACGAGACAGGAAACCGAAUAACCUGUCUGAAGGCAUUCGUCAUGAUGCCUUCUGAAGAGUGCACCCCAGAGGAUUUUGAGUCAUCCGAUGGAGAAAGUGAGGAUGUAUUAAGUAGCGAGGAAAGUGAUGCUGAUUAGGGUCAGCACUCCGAAUACUACUGACGAUUUCGUUGUA